AUGAUUGACAAUAAACUUGUUCAAGAAAUCAUCAAAACUAGAUCUUACAAUAAGCACAAGAGGACGAGUUCCCAGAGCAUUAGAGACCACGAACAAAUUUCAAAGAGGAUCUUUAAUGUUGGCGUUAUGCUGGAUUUUGUAACAGCGUUCUUUGAGAAGAAAUUAGGGUCAUAUGUUACUGUAUUCUCAUUGCUUGAAAUUGCAACCAAGGUUUCCAUCAAAACUAAAAUCAAACUUGACAGGCUCGCUAAAAGGAACAGAACUGCUCUUCUGUGCUGGUUUGCGGAGCAUUGGAACAAAGUUUAUCCUCAUUUAUUUCAGUCUGAUGAAACUUCUGAUGAUCACCAAUUCUCAAAUCCAAAUCAAGACUCAUGUGAUCCAGAACUAAGUAUAUACAUUCCUCCAGAAAGCAUAAAGCUAUUAGAGGUAUUAGAUAUUAGUAGGCUUCUUAACUAG